AUGCCGAAGUACUACACCGUUGCAACCAACAAUGCCUUCGCGGCAUUGGACGAGCAUGAGGAGGCUGAUGACCUCAUUAUCAACCAAACUGCCGAACAACUUACCAAACUGAACGAGGAAGCCGCGGCUGAGCAGCCGAAGCCGGCGAACAGACGCACUGAGCGCAACAAUGAGUUUGGCAACCGCCCCCCCCGCCGUGUGCCAAGAGAGGGUGAGGAGCCUCGUCCCCCCCGGCGUCAGGAAUCUGGUGACGAGCCUGGAGCUGACGGUCGUCGGGAGCGCAGACCGAUUCGGGAGCGCAAACCUCGUCCCGAGGGUCGCUUGGACAGACAGUCGGGUACUGGACACGGCAAGGAGGUGAAGAAGGGCGGAGCGGGUGCCCACAAUUGGGGCCAGGCUGGCGACGAAGUGAACACGGAGGCCGAUGCCAGUCCCGUCGCUCAAAAGUGGGGUGACGAGCCAACAGUCCCUGCCGGGGAAGGAGCCUCUCCCAGCGGAGCACCUGCCAACACUGAAGACAAAGCCUCGGUACUGCUCUAUGCCGACUUCGUGGCAGAGCAAUCCAAGAACCAGGAGAUUCUGGAGGAGAAACAGCCCGCCAAGAAAGAGAAGGAAAUUGCCGCCGGCAUGAAGGUCUACACCAAAAAGGUCACCGAUGUUGUCGAACCAAAGAAAAAUGCUGAAACCAAAACCCCUGAAGCCAAAACCGUUGUCAACGUUAACUUCCGCUACCCCCGUCAGCAACAAGACAACCGCAGAAAUGACCGAAUCGAACAGAAAGAAAAGACCCCCAAGAAGGCUGGACCGGAGAAAUCCAACUCCGAAAUCAAGCUUGAUGACACUCAAGCUUUCCCCACCCUCGCUCAUUAA